UACAUCAACAUCAUUAUCUAAUAAUCUUAUAGUGCCUACAAAGGAAUCUAAUAAUCUUAUAGUACCUACAAAGGAAUCUAAUAAUUUUAUACUACCUACAAAGGAACCUAAUAACCUUAUAGUACCUACAAAAGAAUCUAAUAAUUUUAUAGUAACUACAAAGGAGCCUAAAAAAGUUAUAAAAUCCAUUUUGCAUGCAAGGAAAAAGGGUGAAAGUUCUACCCAAAAAAGGGUUUUCAAGAAAGUGAGGUUUGAAUAA